GGUGUGUGUGUGUGUGUGUGUGUGUGUGUGUGUGUGUGUGUGUGUGUGUGUGUGUGUGUGCGUGCGUGUGAGUGCAGAGGGCAGUAGCAGCAGUGUUGUGACAACAGUGUGAGCCAGGGUCUCUUCAGGGUCUUAGUGCCUGGCCGUUCAUCCGCUGCUUUCAAGAUUAUUUUGAGGCAUUUCUGACUAAUUAGCAAGUCAACAGUGAAUGAAAAGAUCAGGCCGAGAGGCGGAGAGGAAAAUGAAACGUGCCGGAGGUGACAAGACGGGUUCAGAUCAGUUCAUUUUGUCAGCGCAGUAUUUACUCCCAAUCCCGACCUAAAUGAGGUUAAAGUAUGCAGCAGGAGAGGCAGGGGGAGAGCGCACACAGCCACGUCUAUUUGAAUUUGCAGGAAUUAACUGAUACUGUUCUGCACAGAUGUACUCUCCUGGGCAAGGCAGCAACCCACUCUCUGCCCCCAAAACAAAAUUUCGAAAAUAGAUUCUGCAUCUUGUGGCUGACCAAGAUAAAGCCAGCUGCAGUGUGGGCUCAAAUGUAGCUAGAGUGCUUUACUGUUUCAUUGGUCUUGCUCUGAUAUCCUUGCAGUUGUUAAAGUGUGACUUUGGAACCAUCGUGCAUUGAUCACACAUCUUGAGUCAACAGGUGGCCAAGGAUACUUUCAGGUUUGUUACUAAAUAACUCAUGACAGGAGAAAUACCGAUACCAUUUUCUGUUAUUACAUUACUCAAAAUUGUGACUUGUUUUGACAUCUCCAGGCUUGUAUACAUUAUGAUGUAAAUAGCCUCUCAACUGGUGUAUCCCUCCUUAUAAGUAAGCAUUCAGCUGUGGUACAAUGAGGUUGGCAUGCAGUUAGCGGCCAAAUAGUCUUAGCAUGCGAGUGCUGCAAAUCCUUUAAAUGGGCUUUUCACACAGUGCACAAUACACUUUAAUUUAGAAUGAAGUGCCCCUUUAACCUUGGGUUAAAGACCAGCUGUGAGUCUAUUACCUGAUGUGGGUAACUACACUCUACUUAGAUGGGUUGUUUUGUGAGCACACUACUGUAUAUUAGCUGCUUGUGUCUUUGCUGAAAUAAACUUUUAUCUCGGUGUUGAUAAAAAUCUGAAAAUGUCUCAAAAACAUUGUCUCAAAGCUUUAAAAACCCUCCUUGAACUCAUUAGCUUCUGUUUAUCAGCCAGAAGCUGAUUGGUUUACAUUUGAAUAGAAAAAUGAAAGAAGGAUAAAUCAUUUUACCCCGAGUCAACCUUAUCAGUGUACUUCCUGGAAGACGCAUUAAGUGUACAUUACAGAGAGGCCGUCGUCUCAGCUGUGCUCAGUUGAGCACCGUGUAACCACAAUGUCACAGAUUCAAAACUGGCUUAGGACCCUUUGUCCCCCCCCCCCCUUUAGCUUCACUAACUCUCUCCACUUUAUUCUGUCCAGUAAAGCAGAAAGAAACAUCAAUUUUUUUAAAAGACGAAGAGAAGCGAGGGAGAAUGCGUGGGAAUGGGGAAUGAGAGAGGGGAGGGAGAGGAAACAGCAAGACUCACUGUAGUGCGACUGUGAGACGUGGAGAGGAAAGAGGCACGAGGAAGGUAUAGAGAGAUGAGGAGGAGAGAAAGAAACAGUAAUUCCCUGAGGCAGGCUCGUCUCCCGCUCACUGUCCUCAUUCAGUUUUGCGUCUCAUUUUGCCUAAAAACUUCUGUUUUAAGUCUGUGUGUGUGUGUGUGUGUGUGUGUGUGUGUGUGUGUGCGCGUGCGCGUGCGCGCUUUUGUGUGUGGGUGUUUGUGCAUUCACGUAUGUACAGAACAGGAAGCUCAGGAAACAAUUACUACCAUGCUGGGUGUACACCUGGACUGCCCAAUGUGCUUACACACAAAAACUGUAGUAAAAAAAAAUCUCAUUACACGCGCAUGCAUGCACACACAGUCAUACAUGUACAUACACACUCUGCUAUGCACUUCUAUGCUGGUUGCUAUUUCGCACUUUUUUCUUUUCCAGCCUGACUAAAUCUUUUAUGCUUCUGAACUAUAACACUCUCUCUUGCUCUCUCUUUUCCUCCUGCUUCUUUCCUACCUUCCUAAUCCUUUUCCUCUGAACCAUCUCUGUCCUCUAUUUCUUUGACAUUCUCUCUGUCACUCUCUCUUGGUCUUCCUUCCUCUCCUUUACCAUCUUGUGUCCACCUCCUCUUUUCUCUCUAUAGAAGUAUCGGUAUCAAGAAGAGGAAGGGGCGUCGCCAGGUGCCCCAAAACUCCACCAACACCCCUGCAAUCUGCACCCAAUGGGACUAGCCAGAGAGCUGAGGGACGGCGGGACCCUAGGGAGGGACGGCGGGACCCUAGCGAGGGACGCCGGGACCCUAGCGAGGGACGGAGGGACCCUGGGGAGGGACGGAGGGACCCUGGGGAGGGAGGGAAGGGAGGGGAGAGAGGGGAGAGAGGGGAGGGAAGGGGGGACCUUGAGGGAAGUGGGUACUUGGAGGGAAGGGAGUACCUGGAGGAGAGAGGGAGGGGGUGCCGGGACCAUGGAGAGAGUCAGGGAACGAUCACUGGGGAGGGACGGAUCUCUCGGUCGCCGCAGUGACCUGCGGGGCGCGGAGCUGGUUCAGGUGGCGGAGCGGCAGCUGUCUCAGAUUCAACACGUUCACGGAUACGUCACUCACACACACAUCACGCCUGCUCAGGUAGAAUCACCCGAGGCUCCCUUUGAUGACGAGGCGUGGCCUCACCCAGAGGGAGACAGGCUAAACGAAGUCCCAGCUCCGCCUUUCUCCUCCCUCUAUUCACACAGCCGCACCUACUACCAGGCCAACCCCCCUCCAGUGGUGGUCAACGCGGACAGUGUCGACACCCCCCCAUACGUCAAUGGAACAGAAGCAGACUAUGAAUAUGAGGAAAUCACGCUGGAGCGGGGUAACUCAGGUCUGGGGUUCAGUAUCGCAGGAGGGACUGAUAACCCUCAUAUCGGAGAAGACCCCUCUAUCUUCAUCACCAAGAUCAUACCUGGAGGGGCCGCCGCCCAGAAUGGACGACUCAGGGUGAAUGACUGUAUAGUGCGGGUAAAUGAGACAGACGUCAGGGACGUGACCCACAGCGGGGCCGUGGAGGCGCUGAAGGAGGCCGGAGGUCUGGUCCGACUAUGCAUACGACGCAGGAAGAGCCUCACCGAGAGAAUAUUGGAUAUCAAGCUGGUCAAAGGGCCCAAAGGUUUAGGAUUCAGUAUAGCAGGUGGACUUGGAAACCAACAUGUCCCGGGCGACAACGGUAUAUACGUGACUAAGGUCAUCGAGGGAGGGGCUGCACACAAAGACGGACGGCUGCAGAUAGGGGACAAACUCAUGGCUGUGAACGCCUCUUGUUUGGAGGAGGUGACUCAUGAAGAUGCAGUGGCUGCCCUGAAGUCCACUCCGGACGUUGUUUACCUCCGCGUGGCCAAACACACCUCUGUUUUUAUCAAUGACAACUUCCCUCCGCCCGACGUCACUAAUUCGUACUCCCCACAUCAAGACAACCAUAUAAGCCCCUACAUGAGCGGCAGCCAGUCUGUAAGCCCCGCCCCAUUGACCACGCCCAGAUACUCACCUCUGCCCAGGGCCUUGACCGUAGACGACGACGUCAACAGGGAACCCAGGCGGGUGGUGCUCCAGCGGGGGUCCACAGGUCUUGGUUUUAACAUUGUUGGAGGGGAAGAUGGAGAGGGAAUCUUCAUCUCCUUCAUUCUCGCCGGAGGUCCAGCUGAUCUCUGUGGGGAGCUACGAAAGGGAGACCGCAUCCUGUCGGUAAACGGCGUGGACCUGUCCAGUGCAACACAUGAGCAGGCAGCUGCAGCUCUGAAGAAUGCAGGACAGACCGUGACCAUCGCAGCGCAGUACAGACCGGAGGAGUACAGUCGUUUCGAGGCGAAGAUCCAUGACCUGAGGGAACAGAUGAUGACCAGCAGUGUCAGCUCCAGCUCUACGUCGCUCCGCUCCACACAGAAACGCACACUAUACGUCAGAGCAUUGUUCGACUACGACGGAAGCGCGCCAGACCUGAGCACGCCCAAUCAGGCCCUGCCUUUCCAUUUCGGGGAUGUCCUCCACGUGAGCAGCGCUGGCGAAGAGGAGUGGUGGCCAGCCCGUCACCUCAGCCCCCCGCCUCCAAACUGCCCUGAAGUCGGAGUCAUACCCAGCCGCAGGAGGGCAGAGAAAAAGGAGAGGUCUAGGUUAAAGACGGUCAGAGUGAUGAGGUCUCAAGACAGAUCGGAUCAGGAUGAUAAAGAGCUGGUAACCUCUGGCACCAGCGAUAAUGAGAGUAGUUCCUCUGGCCAGGAGGAGAUCUUGCUCACUUACCAACCUGUCAUGCAGCAAGAGGUUAAUUACACGCGGCCAGUCAUCAUACUCGGACCAAUGAAAGAUCGGAUCAACGAUGACCUCAUCUCAGAGUUCCCUGACAAGUUUGGCUCCUGCGUCCCACACACAACACGGCCGCGGCGAGACUACGAGGUGGACGGCAGAGAUUACCACUUCAUGUCCUCCAGGGAGCUCAUGGAGCAAGAGAUCCAGGAACACAAGUUCAUAGAGGCCGGACAGUAUAACAACCAUCUGUAUGGAACCAGCAUACAGUCGGUCAAAGAAGUCGCGGACAAGGGUAAACACUGUAUACUGGAUGUAUCAGGGAAUGCGAUCAAGCGUCUCCAGUUGGCAGGCCUCCAUCCCAUCGCUGUGUUCAUUAGACCACACAAUGUCGACAACAUACUAGAGAUGAACAAGCGUUUGACUGAGGACCAGGCGAGGAAGACCUUCGACAGAGCUGUCAAACUGGAGCAUGAGUUCACAGAGUUCUUCAGCGCCAUUGUCCAUGGCUCGACUCUAGAGGAAGUGUAUUCGCAGGUGAAGCAGACUAUUGAGGAGCAGUCUGGUCCUUACAUCUGGAUACCCACCAAGGAGCGACUUUGAAUAAACACACACAUACUGCAAAAUCACACACAUCACUCUUUCAACACUUCCUCUAAUUUUCUAUUAUCAGCCUGCUUCCUCUCUCUCUCUCUCUCUCGUAAACCCACAUUUCUGCACACACACACACACACACACACACACGCACACACACCCACACACACACACACACACAACGAUUUACACAAGCACAUGAAGUCGGAUGAGGCUGGGACUAUCUGGGACUGCUACUUCCUGAAGUGGGAGGGGCUAACGUCUGUCCAGCAGCCUAUUGGUGGAUCUUCCUACAGCUCAGUUCCUUAAUGUUUAAGGAGGAGGUUCAAAUCAAGGCGACAUGUACCAUUAUCUGAUUUGAUUUCAUUAUUGUUCUUCUUAUUGUUGUUGUCGUUGUUGUUUUCAUAUUAACGAAGGGUAAUGCAUUCAUGUAUGGGUUUGUAAUGAUAAUAUUGUCACCAAGAGGCAGACUUUUGCACGCUGUAGCUUUAAGAGCAUGUUUUUGGGACAAAAUGUUGAUCUUCUUACCGGUCUGUCUGUCUUUCCUCAUGGCAUUGCUCCUGUUUAGUCUUGUUCUAUCUCUCUCUCAUGUCCCACCCUUUAGACUACAGACUUAAGAAAUGAGUUGAAAACUUUAUAACGUGCCCCAGCAUUUUGGUGUCAAGGACCAAAAUGAAAUUAUAGUACAAUAGUACUGUUUAGAGACGUAGCAAGAAAAUAAUUCAUUUAGUAAUAAUUUAGGAUUUCUACCAUUGAGACCCUUGUUGAUAUCUCAAUCAAAACUUAAGUAGAAAACUAAGUUAGAUAGCUUUAAAAUAAAUAGUGUUGAGCCUCAUAAUGGUUUUAGAGUCCAUUCGGAGCCCUGAGUCCUUAUUUCUCAAAAUUCUGAGAAUGAUGCUUGUAAAAAUGUUAUUUUCUAAAAGUAUAUCUGAGGAUACAUUUAUCAAGCGUCCUCUUAUUUACAGCAAAGUGGAGGAGUAACAUUUUAGAGCAACUUUCAAGUGAUCAGAUGAUUAGUUACACCUACAGCCAAUCCGUGUCAAGGAUUUACCGAACAUCUGCCCUGUUAAAUUUCACUCAGUCAUGUGUGAUUCUGCAAAAACAUGUACAUUUAUACCGUUUAAAGUACAUUUUAUUUGUGUAAAAUCUUCAAUAACUCCAGUAGAAACUAACGUGAAGUUAAAAACAAUCGAAUAUAUAUUUAGAAUACAUAAACAUGCAAAUAUGGAUAAAUAAUGGGCUGAAAUGGAAACAAAAAAGGGAACCAAAGGAACAAAAUGAUGCUGUUGGUGGAAGACAUACAGCAGAGAAAACAGAUAAUGAGUGUGAUUUAGUGCCACAUUGAUGAGAGCAGAUAAUGAAGAUGCAUCGAAUGUGAUUGCAAGCAGAAUCAAUGACAGCUACGUUCUUGUCUUUUGCACCUUGAUAAACGCAGACAAACAGAAAUAAUAGGCUAAAACUACCUUAUUCUGAAUUAAACAUAUUUCUUCAGGUACGGUAUCGCUCAUCUUGGCCAAUAAUAUUUUGUCCAAUCCUUCUUAAACACACUCAAGAAGGUAAAAGUGAAGGAUUUCAAGUCCAACGGGCCCAGAUCCUCUGUUUAAAAAACAUGUAUCAACCAUGUCUUCUUCAAAACAAGGGCUUCUCUGCCUCCCCUCGUCCUCCUCCUCCUUGUCUCUGUCUCAUGCCUUCAUCUCGCUCCUCCUCCACAUUCACAGUGUGACAUUAGUCGAGCACUCCAGCAUCAAACGGUGUAUCAUCUUCUUCAUCAUCACUAUCAUCACGAUCAUAAUCAUCAGCAUCAUUGUUGUAGCUUUCCUUCAUACUGCAGUUGCACUAAUGAGGGCUGGUUUCUUAAAGCAUCUUGACAGAGCUGAUCCCAUCCCAGUGUUUCAGGUAUUUGGAUGUGUGAUACGCUCACUUUUCUUUCAGCUAUCAGUGAUUAUUAUGUUGGUUUGAAAGAGCUAACGAGGUCAGGGAACUCUUUAUGCUCAUUGGUUGUUUGGUUAAAGACAUCAGGUGAACUCUGGUAAACGCUUCUGUCAUCACCCACUGAUCAACUGGUUUAGCUCUUUUUUCCAACAGAUUUUUUUUUCAUGCUGGAUUUAUGAGUUUUAGUGUGCAUGAACAACACCUGAAAUUAGAUCCAUCUGUGACCUUAGUGCUCCAAACGUCUCUCCGUGAUACAGGCAGAUGGUGGACAAUCAAAGCGUUGUAUUCUUACCUGUUAUCCAGCAAUGGGUUGCAUCUUCAAAGGUGUUUUCAGGAUCACAUGAUGUUUUUAUUAUGAAUCUCUGUUAACCGCUUUACAGGCACUAAUGUAACUUUUCAGUAUGAGUAGCCUGUUGAUGCUGGCCAUGUCAGUCACAUGGCCCUCUCUAUGCACAUCUUGACACCCAUGGGCAGCAUUAUUCAUAUCUUGUGAUUGGUUUCGAGCUAUAAUGCUGAUCGACAUUUGGCAGGGUCAGCUGUGAAUGCAAACAACUUUUGUUUGUUUACAAAAAAACUACAGGGCACCUUUAAUGCACGUUUCAUUAAUUAAUAAAGCAAAGUAGGGAGUGUCACAGUCUGUGGAAAUACACUAUUUAAAUGGGGGUUUAGCCUCGAGCAGAGUAGACUUCUGUGUGAUCACAAAAAUACCGUUGGAAAUGCAACCAUCUGCAACAGGUGAGACGAUUACGAUUUGGCUUUUCCCUUAAAGCGACUAUAAUCAAUAUUUUUUUUAUAUAAUAACAAUGUAUCACAUGACAAUGACAAUGUGAAAACAGUGUGACAAUGUGAACAGAUAAUUAUCAGCUCCCUUCUGCUUUAUGGAACUUUAUAUGUGAGUUUCAGUUCAUUGUUUAGCUGUCCGGCCCCCGACUGAAGAGCCAGGUAUUUCCCUCAGGAGGUGGUGGAGACCAAAACAGAGCUAAAAAAGAGCGAAGUCACAAAUGUCGCUUACCUGAAACAUGACGAUAACCUCUGUUGUUUAGUGUAACAUUUGAAAUACCAAGAUGCUUUUGAUAACAAAGUUCCUGCGGACCUUGUCAGCCACCCACUUCCCAGCUCCUCCCUCAACCCCCGCGGCGGCUCCUCCAAACUGACUGGAGACCAGAGACGUACAGAAAGACCGUUCCGUCAACGGAGUAGCUCUUAGACCCAAAUAAUAAAUAGUUUCGACCACAUGUGUUUCAAAAGCUUUAAUAUUUCCUCACAGAAUGUCCAGCUGAAUUACGUUUUUCCAUCUAUAAUGCUCUAUGAAUCCAGUAAACCAGUGGUGUUGUCAGUUGACAGAACUGGACUCGCUCUGUGUGACUCUGGCUGUGUGUUUUAGCCAGGGGACCAUGCCACUGUCUGUUAGAGUAAAGCACCGAUGCAAAGAAUCUAUGAAAGAGAUGGAUCUAUAGCUAACAUUAUAUUUAUCCCUGCUCUAACUGCCUAUUUUGGUACAAAAAAAAAUAAAAGUCUUUAUCGAGAUUUAU